AUGCCGGAAACCCGUGAUAAGAAGAAGCGCCGCAAGCUCUGCAUCCCCCCCGUUUGCUCUGCUACCGGGAACACUUCCGAGAAUCCUAACAUGGAAGCCGGUGCAGUACGAGAUCGGAAUGAAUUCUCUUGUUUUACUAGGUUCAUGUCUUUCUUCAACCCAUUGAAUGUCGCUCGUAUGCGGGAACGCAGCGACGACGAUGAGUAUGAUGACAGUGAGUGGGAAAGUCGUGCAUCAAUGUUGUCACGCAAGCGGAAGCCGAUUCGCCCUCCCAGCAGCGACGAUGAUCGUAAGCCCGCCGCAAAAACUCCCGGCAAUGGUACCGCCACAGCCCCUAUAGACCUAACCGGCACCAGCAGUAACGGAACAAGUGGUACAGUCGAUAGUGUGAAGGGACAGUCCACUUCAUGUAUUACUCCUCGUCCAGUUGAUCAGAUGGACCUGGGCACACUGGAGGUACUGGCAAGAUUUCCCUCCUUGCUGGCAGGGGGAAGGUUUUGCAAAGAUGUGCUUGGUGUUUGGAGCGUCAGGAAAUUCCAAAAUGCUAUGGGGAGGGGCCAUCCUGAUGCUGUGACGUAUGCAGGUUUCAUCUGGAAGAGAAUGGGGCAGCCUGACCUGGACAUCAAUAACUUGCCUCCGGCAAUAGAGGAGGCCCGGAAGUUUCACCUUCUGGCACUAGGCAAAGUUGUUUGA